UAUUAUUAAGGUAAUGCUAUUGGGAAUUACUCCUAAUGUUGGAUUGAGAACAUAAGGACUAUUUAUUUCCUAAAUGCAGGUUUGAAAAAUGCUACACUUCAGUCCACUACUUGUUCUUAAGCACAGAAUGCAUGGUACUUCUUUAAGAUUUUGCACCUUGUGUAUGUAACUGCAGCUGGUACCUGGUGGAUGCUGCUUCAGUUUAUCCUGACUGUCUGAUACCCAGGUGCUGAUCUGGGUGGUGCAUUCUGUGGCUGGGGAUACAGCACAAGGGGAUUGGUUCGUGGCAGGAAGGACUGCAUCCUCAGGCUGCUUGUUAAUCUCGACUAACUGGCUUAGUGUCAAAAGACUGAUAGAAUCAGCUGCCGUUUGUGGAUGCUGCUCAGGCAAGGCUGGAACUCCUCACCAGCCCUCAACGCUAAGAGUAAUUCAUAUCAAUUGCAGGACGGGGCACCGUUAAUGUGGGAAUAACAGAGUGACCGACAAGGAAACUAUUUGUGUGGAUCGGAGCCUGUAGCCCCAGUAUCUCGUCGGACCCUGAACGCUGAAGCUGGGAGCUGCAGCAAAAAAAUCAAUUAACUGUGGAAGACAAAUCAAAAAAGAAAUAUCUGCAGUGGUAAAAUGGCAGGGCAAGAAAUUGAGGACUUUGAUGCCGACAGUGUAUCGGACACAGCUUGCAUGCUCAAUCAUGUUCACCCUCCACCGUACAGCAUUGAUGACCAGCCAUGGCCUCUGGAAACACGCAGCAUGUGCGAGUUCUGGGGAUGGGCUUUCCUGGUCACUGCCUUUAACUUUCUGCUGUUCCUCCUGAACUUUGUCCUCAUGGGCACUGUGUUUUGCAUUGUGCUGCUGCCCACUAUCGUGGUGGUGUACUUUGGGUUUCAAUGUCACUCCAGGGUUAUUCAUUCCGAUGCCUACUACUGUAAAACUAUCCUCGAUGAUAACAGUUCCUCUGCACUCAUCAUUCUCGGUUUUGUCCUAAUGUCUCCCCUGAUUGUGAUUGCCAUGGUGACCUACUGCAGUGUGGCACGCCGUCUGCGUCUCUUCCUUUGCUUCCUACCCUACUCCCGAGCCAUCUACAAAGGCUUGAAGUGGACUGGGCAUGACCACCCCAGCUUCUGUUGCUGUGGAAGAGAAUGGGAUAGCAAUUUAAAGGCUUGGGUUUGAUCGAGUUUGAUGAUAAGUUGUAUGUACUGCAGCCUGUUACUGCAUUUGCAUCAUAAUUGUAUGCUCCAUCUUCUGUCUCCUGCAUUGUGAAAAUAUUGACAGUGACAUUUUAGCAUUAAGAUCAAAGCAGUGAUUACUGGGAAUACAUACCAGGUCCCUCAACAUUUGUAAAGGGAAAGGAAAGAUUGAUGUCUUGGGUUGAGAGAUAUCAGAGCUAAGAUAUCAUUCAGAGCUGAUGUGUAGUUCCAACAAUGCAGCUUCCCCCCAUCUAUUUUUAGUCCUAUAAUUUGAAGUAUUAAAUAUUUAUUCUAGUCUCUUUCAAGACGAGUAGCCUCGAGUAUUUUCAAUUAUUUUUACUAGCUUUGCCUACAUUAUACACAUCUAUGUGCAAUAUUUGUGCAUCUGAAUGUUUUAAGCUGCCUAUGUAAACACGUCACACGGUAAAGACUUUUCCCCUCCAGUUGGGAUACUGCAGCGCUAACACUGGCGGGAAGGUUUCCCUGCAUUAUCUAGCGUAGGUUUGUCACUGAUUACAGCAAAGAGCCCGAUUGCUGGGAGGGAAGCUGGUUAGGAUGCUAAAAGCCUGAAUCACUUGGCCCACACGCCAUGCCGGACAGGGAUUGAAACAUUCCCCAGAGCUGUUCUUGCCUCCCUACCAGUUGUAUUUAAAAUGGAGGCAGAAUAUUUAUAUAUAUUUAAAUAUAUCUAUUUAAAAGAGCAAUGCACAUUUGUGAGCGGACUGAUUAGCCAUCACUGUCAGAACUACCAUUGGGCAGAUUUGCAGACGGAGUUUAUUUGUUUGAUUUAUUGUUGUCACAUGUACCGAGCUACAGUGAAAAAGAUUGCUCUGUGUGCUGUACAGGCAGAUCACACCACACAAAGUGAGUCAGAGUUGCAGAACAGUGUUACAGCUGCAGAGGAGGUGCAGAGCGAGAGAUCAAGAUUUAAGAUUUUUAUAGAUUAUUCCAUCCCACCCAAAACUUCCGAUUUCUUCGGGGUUAAAACCCUCUAAUUAGGAGCAAAAUGAUAAAUGAGUUAGUAAAUUACAUGAGUCCUGCAGACUUUAUUUUUCUUUAUUCUUUCUUGAACGGUAUCACUGGCAAGGCUUGCAUUUGUUGGAACUGAGAGAUUUAAAGAGUAAACCUCACUACUGUGGAUCUGGAGGUCAAGUAAGGAUAGCAGAUAUCCUUCCAUAAAGGAUUCAUGUGCAUCAGAUAGAGUUUUACAACUAUCAAGAUAGUUUUUAAUUAAACUUUAAUUCCAGAUUUAUUAAUUGAAUCAAAUCCCAUCUGUGUGAUUUAAACUCACACUCCAAGGGCAUUAGCAUGGGCCAUUACAUUAUUAAUCCUGUGAUAUUACUGAGGGGCCACAGUCUUCCCUCAGCUCAGGUCUUUUGUACAUCAGUAGUUCCCCGAUUUUCUCUGCCACCUUUGUAUUAACAUGCACCAAAACUACUUUUAUCAGUUAGAAAGUUGCAGUCCCAAUAUCCCAUUGACAGCCAUGAUCAGAAUACUUAAUAAAAACCAAAACAACUGCAGAUGCUGCAAAUCAGAAACAAAAAUAGAAAUUGCUGGAAAAG